GAGGAGCCGGUGUGAUUCCGAAUGAAGUAAAUGGCGCCGCAGUAUCCCCGGGUGGAGCUAACCCCACCCUGGCCCCCGUCCCUGAGCAAAGACCACAGUAGCGGGGGAAGGGAUGGAGUAGAAAAGUAGGGAGAGAGGAGAGAGCUGAGAGGCAUGGAACUGGACAAGAUCAUCCGAGAUACACUGACCAGCUUUAUCCGGGCCCACGUCCCGGCAGCUGACCUGAGCGGCAUGGAUGAGGUUUUCUUCUCGUACAUCACUGGGGUUUUGGAAGAGCUGGGCUCGCCAGGCGCGACCGAGGAGAGCUUUGACAUGGAAGCCUUUGCCGAGGUGAUGGAGGCCUUCGUCCCCGGCUUCGCCGAGAUUAACAGCGGGCAGGUGUGUGACAUGAUGUUUGUCCUCUCGGGCCAGCUCAGUGACGCACGCAACAAGGAGAACGCUUGUCCCAAGACCCCGGAGGAGGCUCCGCUUGGCAAUCCUCCAGCCACAUCGGAGCUGAGCCCAGAGGAGGAAGCCAAUGAGGCGGGGAGGCCUCGGGCACCCGCAGUUGAAGCCGCAGCUCAGGAGGCCGGUGGAGAGCUGCAGGACGGAGUGGAGCUGCUCCUGGAGAUGUUCCCGGCUUGUACCGUGGGACAGGCCCGACGGGCGUUGACCAGGGCCCUGGGUGACCUGGAAGAAGCUGUGCAGCUGCUGGUAGAGGAGAACGUGGAGCCCCAGGCCUGCAGUGUCAACCCCAAGGAUGGCCCCAAGCUGCAGGGAGCCCCCAGAAAGGAGGACCUGAAGCCCUUCAUCUUACAGAAGUACAUGAUGGUGGACAGCGAAGAUGAUCAGAAGACGCACAGGCCCGUGGCCCCAAAGGAGGCCCCCAAGAAACUGAUCCGCUAUAUAGACAACCAGAUCGUGAGUACCAAAGGGGAGCGCUACAAAGACAUGAGGAAGCCAGAGACGGAGGAGAUGAAAAAAACCUACAUCAACCUCAAGCCAGCCAGGAAGUACAAGUUCCAUUGAGUACUGGCUCCUUGGACCCGCGCUGCAGGGAUGGCGGAGGCCGGGCCGGGCCGGAGCUCGGACCUGCGACCAGAAGGCGGGUGGCGAGAGCCCACGUCUUCCUUACUCCACGGACAGGAUGCCAGCAGCGGAGGGGAGAGAGAUGCCGGGGGGCCGGCCAGGACACGCCAGGCGGCCUCCGUCUCCGGGCUCCUGGGCCCAGAUCCGGGUUUGGGAGUUGGCCAUGCGGCGGUCGGGCAUGUUUUAAAUCCUAUCGGCUGUAGGUUACACAGCUGUCCUUGAGUAAAGCAGCUCUACUGAGGUA